AUGGAAUGGAUGAUUAUAUCAAAUAGAUGGCAACCUUAUAAGGGGUGGGAAUCAUGAACUCUCCUCAGAGAGAUUAUAGGACAGCAACUCCCAGCAUUCCUAGCCAAUGUUUAGGAAGUCUGGGAGUUGCCAUUCAAGAGGCUCACCAGUUGCCGACCUUUAGCUUACAAUAUGUGGAUUUUGUUUUCUAUGACAGGCAGACUAGAAGCUAACACUCCUUUCUAACCACUGGCAAAGUUCCCCUCCGCCAUGGAAAGCCAAGAAGGAACUGGGCAGAGACACUGGGCCCAGGAAGAGAUUGAAAUGGGAAGAAGAGAUGAGGCAGACACUCGCCAAGUGAAGAACCAGAAGAGUCGCCAAGACAAAUCAUGGCUCCAGCGGCACUGCUCUUCCCUCCUCCGCCGGGACAAACAAGCCCAGAAAGCAGGCCAGCUUUUCUCAGGACUAAUGGCUAUGAACGUGGUGUUUUUAGGCAGUGCUUUCAUCUGUAGCAUGAUUUUUAACCAUGUGGCCAUUACAGUGGAUGAUGUUUGGAUUUUCCUGUCCAUUCUCAAAAUCCUGACUCUGAUUUGGAUAGCAUACUAUUUGCUUUUCACCAGGCAAAAGGCCUAUGCAGUCUUGCAUCAAGAUCCUCAUGCAGGGCCAGUCUGGGUUAAAGGAUCUCUAAUCUUGUUUGGAGCUUGCAGUGUACUCCUGAACAUGUUCCAGAUUGGGUAUGAUAUUAUUCACAUUCGCUGCAAAUCCCAGGUCUCACCUGUGUUCCCAUCCAUAGAAAUUCUCUUCAUCUGCAUUCAGACUUACUUUAUAUGGUGCCAUGCAAAGGAUUGUAUUCAAGUUCAGCACAACCUCACCAGAUGUGGACUAAUGUUAACCUUGGCUACUAACCUUCUUCUGUGGCUGUUAGCAGUGACCAACGAUUCCAUUCACAGAGAAAUUGAAUCAGAACUCAGCCAAACCAUACAAGAAUCUGAAGGCAAUGGGACAAUUUCCUGCAAAUGCUCAAACUCAACUGCCUGCACGGUCUUCCAGAAAGGCUACAUUUUGCUCUACCCUUUUAACACCGAAUACUGCUUGAUCUGCUGCUCCAUGCUCUAUGUCAUGUGGAAGAAUGUAGGUCGGCACAUGGCUCAGCACCAUUCUGCCCAUGUCAAGCCAAGGUUCAAGGUCAAUGGAGUCAUUUUUGGGCCUCUGCUUGGCAUAUCUGCAAUCAUCAUUGGCAGCUGUACUUUUAUGAUGUAUCAGAUUGAAGCCACUGGUUCCUCUCCUAGCCAUCAAGCAUUCAUACUCUAUUAUUCCUACCACAUCGUUCUGUUGCCUGUGAUGACAGUAGGGGCUUUAGUUGGAACCAUCAUCCAUGGCUUAGAAGAGAGGGAGUUGGACACACUGAAAAAUCCAACGCGAAGCCUUGAUGUGAUCUUACUUAUGGGGACAGCCUUAGGCCACAUUGGCAUCAGUUACUUUUCUAUUGUAGCCAUUGUUGCCACCAAUCCAAGAGGUUUGUUGAACAGCAUCAUGGUGGCCUAUUCAGUGAGCCUCAUCAUUCAGUGCAUCACCCAGAACAUCUUCAUUGUUGAGGGGCUCCACAGGCAGCCACUGCAGGUGACUGAAGGUCAAAGCCAUCCAGCCCAUCCCACACAAGACUCUGGUUCAACCCUGAGCCCACCCAAAGACCCUCAAGAACCUGCCUCAUCCACAACCAAGGAGGAGAAAGAGAAAGAUGAAAAGGAGAAGUGUGAAGAUAUAGAGAUAAGACAAGGAAUCCGGAGAGUCUCACAGACAUAUAUCCAAACGUACAGCCACCUGAACUGGAAAAGGAAAGCUCUGAAGGAAAUCUCCAGUUUCUUAACCAUGUGCAACAUCAUACUGUGGAUCAUACCAUCAUUUGGAGCACAUCCAGAAUUUGAGAAUGGAUUAGAGCAAUCAUUUUAUGGCUAUUCCACCUGGUUUGCUAUCGUCAAUUUUGGACUACCUUUGGGUGUGUUUUACAGGAUGCAUUCUGUUGGUGGCCUUCUGGAGGUGUAUCGGUCUGCCUGAAGCAAAUCCAAACCU